AUGGCAAACUCCUUUUCAGCACAGAACUUCAUUGCACUUUCAGAUCUGCGUCCAAAUCUGGCUCGUCCUAGUAUAAUCGGUAUGGUUAUUGGGAAAACAGAUGUCAAAGGCUUUCCAGACAGAAAAAAUAUUGGAUCAGAAAGAUACACUUUCAGCUUCACUAUUAGAGAUUCACCAACUUAUUUUAUAAAUGUAACAUCCUGGGGAAAGGAAGAUUAUAUUAAAUCAGUUUCCAAAAGUUUUAGAGUUGGUGAAUGUGUGAUAAUUGAAAAUCCAUUAGUGCAGACAAAAGAAAUAGAAAAAGAAGAAAAAUUCAAUCCUACAACUCCAAGUGCCUAUAAGCUGCUGCUCAGUGAGAAUCAUUCUGUGGUCAGAGUUUGCUCCAGCUAUCAAGUGGACAUUAAGUUACUUUCCUUGUUGCAUUUACCCAUAAAGGAUUCUCAGGAUUACUAUUCACUAGGUGAUAUUGUUGCAAAUGGUCAGAACCUUGAUGGAAGAAUCAUUAAUGUACUUGCAAUAGUAAGGUCGAUUGGAGACCCAAAAUACUUUAUAACCUCAGACAGAAGAAAGGGUCAGAGGUGUGAAGUAAAGUUAUAUGAUGAAACAGAGUCUUCUUUUGCAAUGCUUUGUUGGGAUAAUGAAUCAAUCCUACUUGCACAGAGUUGGAUACCACGAGAAACAGUUAUAUUUGCUGCAGAUAUCAGAAUAAAUUUCGAUAAAUUUCGAAAAUGUAUGACUGCUGCUGUCAUCUCAAAAACCAUUAUUACAGCUAAUCCAGACACACCAGAAGCUAAUAUCCUAUCAAAUUUUGCAAGAGAAAAUGCUGAAGCAACAGCUCUAGAUGAUGAAAUUGAGGCUCAGUUGAAAGAAUCCAUAAAUUUACAGACAAUAGUUGAUGUGUAUACAGUAGAACAAUUAAAGGCAUUAGCCUUGAAGAAUGAGGGAAAAACUUAUCCCUUCUAUGGCAUCCUUUAUGCUUACAUUUCUACACUGAAUAUUGAUAAUGAAACUGUGAAAAUAGCACGAAACAGAUGUUCAGGCUGUGGUUAUUUUGUAAGUGAAGCAUCUAACACUUGUACAUCUCCUUUCUGCAACAAAGAUUCUUCUGGACAUAAAUCUGUAUUUCUCAGCUUUGAUUUGCUGAUUGAUCUCACUGAUCACACAGGUACUCUUCAUUCCUGUAGCCUUACAGGAACUGUUGCUGAGGAAACUCUGGGCUUCACGGUACAUGAAUUUCUUGCACUAACAGAAGAACAGAAAACAGCAAUAAAAUGGCAAUUUCUCUUGGAAAGAAGCAAAAUUUAUUUAAAAUUUCUGUUAUCUCCCAAAGCAAGAGGUGGCCUGAGAACUGAUGUGCUUUCCUGUAAGCUUGCUGAUCCUAUUGAAGCUAGUAGGAACUUAUCUGGAAAAAGUAAUAAACUUGAAAAUCUGGAAAGCCGUUGUUAG